GAGCACGAAAAAGAGAGAGCACGAAAGGAGAGAGAGCAGGAAAAGAGCGAAAGCACGAAAGGAGCGAGAGCGAGCGCAAGAAAGAAGGAAAUAAAGAGAUUGGUAGAGUGAGGAAGUGCAGAAGACGUAGAGCAGCUGUUUUCUCUGAGCAACAAGCUGCAUUCACUCCGACUGGAGUGAGAGGAGAGAGGAGGAGAAAAAUAGAGGGAGAGAAAGACAAACAGGACGAAGGGACUAUAGAUUGAUAAAGAAGGACGAGGAGAGAGCUUGUGUGAGCGAAUGUGGCACGUGUCAGAGUGUGAAAGAGAGGAGGAGUGAGAAAGAAAGAGAGUGAUAGAAUCAAAGUGACAGACUGAAAGAGACACAGAUUCAACUGUACCGUGUGUGUUAGAAAGGAAAAGAGACAGUGAGAGAGAGAGAGAGAGGGGGAGAGAGAGAGAGAGAGAGAGGGGGAGAGAGAGAGAGAGAGAGAGAGAGAAAGAGAGAGAGAGAGAGAGAAAGAGAGAGAGAGAGAGAGAGAGAGUACAGACAGUUUUUUCUCUUUCUGCUUUGGACCAGUACAGAUGUCAGCGCUUACCUCGCUGCUAAGGCUUAUGGGAUUGCCCAUCGAACACCAGUGGGGGACAUGACAGUCAUGCCCUCACUUUUAACAUUCCUUUAGCCUUUUCAACAACAAAAAAGCGGUGUGGUUGUUGGAGCUCUCCUGAUGUUGGUUGGACUCUGCUCCUCUUGUGGAUCACCACUUGUCAGGCUCCUUUUAGAGGAUUCAGUUGAUUUGAAACUUUGUUCUAACAGGUUGUAUGUCCCUCUUCGGUUCCUCUUGACUGUUAUUGAUUUAUCUCUGGUGAUAUCUUUGUGAGCCAUGAACUAAAGUUCCUGGUAGGUGCAGCUGAAUAGGCACCCAUGAAUCUGUUCUCUCGGACUUAGAUGCCGGCCUCUUCUUUUAAUGUGAUUCCAGCAACGAUGUGGGGGGAUAACUAAGGCUAGGGGCCUCUGCUUCUGUCCUGGGAAGAUGUUCUCCAAGAACCGCUUCAAUGGACAACACGGAACAGCCGUUGCACCCAAAGGGGACAUCAAGGAACGGGUUCGCAAAAAGAGGGCCCCCAACCCCAGGGUAGCGCUUGUCAUUCGGGAGAAGAUCCACCGCCUGCUCCAAGGAUCCGGCCAGGAACUACCCGCCCCAGACCUUUACUAUGCUGGGAUUGAGGAGGAGGGCGGAGGAGAGGGACAGGAGAAGAGAAAGGAGGCCACAAAUAUUUUUGCGAGGUGUGGCCCCAGAGAGGAAGUUUGCUCCUCGAGGAUCCCCAACUGUAAGGCACAUGGAGGGGUGUCUGGGGCUUCCUGCAUUGGGGAGGUGGAGCUGAACAGAGAGGGCUGUGUCAGGAUCCCUUGCACUCUGCAGCACAACAGCAGCAGCCAAUCUCCAGGGAAGCAGAAAUUGAGUAUCCCAGAGGGGAUUAGGACUGUCCCGGAAAAGAGACGAACACCCAAACACCAGAAAUGGAUAAUCCCGGCAGGUAUUCGGACCAUUCCAGAACAGAGAAGAGAAGCCCGACACCAGAACCGGAUUAGCCCAAACAGGAACAGCUCAAGGUUUGCCGCAGUGGCAGGGGCAGCAGGAGGGAAGGCUGACUUCGGUCGGACCCAUGCGGAUCAAAAGAGACCUGUUUCUAUGGGUGACUAUGUGGAUUACAACUUCAACAGAAUACGGCACGAUACUCUGCUGGAGGAGGAUGAGGAAGAAGAAGACAAGGAGGAGGAGGAGGAAGAGGAGGAAGAGGAGUCUAGUGCCAUCAUCGAGCAUAUUUUGAAAGAGCUGAGAGGGAUCAACAAAAUCCAGGAGGAGAUCUCGGACCUGCGAGAUUACCUUUCAUCUGUGCGUGGCUCUGUAGAGGAGGUGUCUUCCUGUGUGGAUGCUGUGCUCCUGGAGAUAGAGGGCAUUCGCUCAGGAAACAAGACUAGUGGCAGACCAGGAGAUGAGGCUUGGUCUGGGGCAGCAGGAGGCAGUGACGGAUCCUCCUUCACCCCUCACCAGAGGCCUGUCAGUGCUUACGGCAGUUUAGGUAGGCAGAUGGUGCCUUCAGAUUCCAAUGUCUGCCGACCGUCCGUCUUCAGCCAACGACACAGCAUCCACGGGACGCCAGUGGAGUUCCACUUGCCAACGUCAGAAGAGAAGUCUACCACAGUCUCGCCAGGCACCGAAUUAGUGGAGCCUGACAGCCAGCAGCAGGAGGAUGAUGAGCUGUUGAAACACAGCCUCCCAGAGCCCACCAUGGUCAGGAAACUGAGCUGUGGCUUCCUGGACCGGCAGGACGACCAGGACUUCCCCAGCACCAGCUCCCUAUCCUCGGGACACAGCAUCAAUUCAGAGUCCGACCUUGAGAGACCCUCAUCCAGCCCCGGUGCAGGGCGUGGUGGUGCUAGAGGUGGUAGUAGGGGUGGUGGGGUGGAGAGCUGGGGUGGUGGUGGCCGACAAAAUGGUGGGACUGGGAAGACUAUAUGGUGUGAAGAACAAUGUUAUUCCAGACAGAGGAGUCUGGAAGAGCAGGAAGGAGAGGGGCCUGCCUGUUUGGAGGGGACAGGGAGCUGGGAUCGGUAUGGGGGCUCAGAGGGGUAUAGUACUGGUACCCUGGGCCAGUCCUCCACAGGAAGCUCCGACCUCCACUCUCUCCACUCCUCUGGACUACACUACAACUCCCCCGCCAGCACUUCCAGUCGUGAGGAGUGGCGCUGCCAUAGACGGAGGCUGCAACAACAGCAUGGGACUCAAGUUCCUACAGACACCCACUCAGAGUACCCCAGCCUGGGAUACGAGGGUGCUGCUGAUUGCUCAUUUCCCCAGAGCUCUGGUUACCACCCAGUGGAAGAACAUACUGAAGAGGUGGAGAGCUAUGGCUACACAGCUCCCCCCACAGAUCUCAGCUACACAACUGACUGCCAAGUAGAUAGUUACCUGGAGAACUAUUCUGGCCAUGAGCACGACAUGACUGAAGAGUUUACAGAGGUGACCUGUACCUGGGCUGUGAACUCCUUACUGAGACACCCCACUGUGGCUGAAACAGACAUGCCAUUGGUCAGUACAGAUGAAGGAGUUAUGCCAGGGCAGCGCCCUAACAGCGCAGAGAUCCAAAACGUUGGUUUUAACGUGAAGCGGAUCGGGCGAGUCGUGCUGGACUUCAGCUCCGCCCUGCGGGAGGCACUACGCAAGUUGGAAGGACCCGGAACUGACAAGAGUCCUGGAGAUGAGACUGAGCCCACAAGCUUUUUGGUGGAGUCUCAAACAAACCUACCCCACGCAGAUAUGUCCCAAACGUCACAAGAGGAUGGGUUGGACCCAGGGGGCUUGGACGACACAGAGAGACUAACCCAGACCUGUGUCCUCUCCUCUGCUCCCUCAGACCCCUGCCCAGGUGAAACCCUGCCAGAGGAGGUCAGCGACGGCCUCCAACAGGCUCAGGAUGACCCUUACGGACCUUCUCUCCUUCCUUACUCCGGACAGGCCGUUUCCCAAACAGGCCUAGACUUUGCUUCACUUGGCCCAGAGCCUAUGUUCUCCCCACCCAAUGCAGAGGCAGAAGAAAAAGGAGACUCUCCUCUGCCUCAGGGCCCAACACACACCCCCACUCGGAACAUCUCUCUAUCGCAAUGCACCACUGUAGAGUCCCUCUCAGUCUCCUUCUCGGCUGAGGAGCCGGCACCCCAGGAGGAGAAGGGAGACGAACCCCCACCCCUGUCGCUGCCACAGCCCGACACAGAAGACCCAGAAGUCCCAGAUACGCCUGCAGCCCCAGAAGGCGAGGCAGCAAGAGAUGCAGCGGGAAAGGCAGAGAGAGCAGAGGAGCACACCCUGGAGAUAAGCCAGAGGGAGGUGCGGAGGCUGAAGUGCCUGAGGACCUUCCAGCAGAUCCUGCGGGAGAAGAGGGAGUCACGGCGCCAGCCUCCCAGCAUGACCAUGUCCACCUUCAAGGAGGACAACCUCAUCCCAGAUGGAAGUCGACAUGACGAUCAGGGCCGAGACAGAGAUGGAGAGCCCAGCAAGCACCCGUGGGCCAAGCCUGCUGGCGCCACGCCCUUUGGGAUCGACAGUAUGCCUGCCCUCCGUAAAAAACAGCCUAUCCCCCUAGUCAGCGAGCUGGUGAGUUCUUUUGACCCCUCAACCCUGCCCUCUUACCUAUUGUCCUUUUGACCUUUCACCCCUGAAUUUACAGUACCUCAGACAAACCUACAAUAACAUCUUUGAAAGUAAAUAAAUAGAUAAAUAAGACAUCUAUUAAGGUAAAGUAAUAUACUACAAAAUAAGCACAAAGCCGUUUACGUUACACGGUAGGGCAUCUUGUAUCAGGUGUUGGUUACGGCAGUAACAGCCGUUUACGUUACACGGUAGGGCAUCUUGUAUCAGGUGUUGGUUACGGCAGGAACAGCCGUUUACGUUACACGGUAGGGCAUCUUGUUUCAGGUGUUGGUUAUGGCAGGAACAGCCUUUUACGUUACACGGUAGGACAUCUUGUAUCAGGUGUUGGUUACGGCAGGAACAGCCGUUUACGUUACACGGUAGGGCAUCUUGUUUCAGGUGUUGGUUACGGCAGGAACAGCCGUUUACUUUACACGGUAGGGCAUCUUGUAUCAGGUGUUGGUUACGGCAGGAACAGCCGUUUACGUUACACGGUAGGGCAUCUUGUUUCAGGUGUUGGUUACGGCAGGAACAGCUUUUUACGUUACACGGUAGGGCAUCUUGUUUCAGGUGUUGGUUACGGCAGGAACAGCCGUUUACGUUACACGGUGGGGCAUCUUGUUUCAGGUGUUGGUUACGGCAGGAACAGCCGUUUACUUUACACGGUAGGGCAUCUUGUUUCAGGUGUUGGUUACGGCAGGAACAGCCGUUUACUUUACACGGUAGGGCAUCUUGUUUCAGGUGUUGGUUACGGCAGGAACAGCCUUUUACGUUACACGGUAGGGCAUCUUGUUUCAGGUGUUGGUUACGGCAGGAACAGCCGUUUACGUUACAUGGUAGGGCAUCUUGUAUCAGGUGUUGGUUACGGCAGGAACAGCCGUUUACGUUACACGGUAGGGCAUCUUGUUUCAGGUGUUGGUUACGGCAGGAACAGCCUUUUACGUUACACGGUAGGGCAUCUUGUUUCAGGUGUUGGUUACGGCAGGAACAGCCGUUUACGUUACACGGUAGGGCAUCUUGUAUCAGGUGUUGGUUACGGCAGGAACAGCCGUUUACGUUACACGG